AUGUCGCGAUAUUUCACAUCUCCACCGCCUGUGUAUGCGAGGAACUGGACGAAUGGUCAGAACUUGGUCGAAUCGACUAAGAUCGAAAGCCAAAUAGUCGAUUCUAAAAAGGCGCACCGGAAAGAAAAGAAGGAGAAGAAGAGAGAAAAGAAACCAAAGAAUGAGAAAUCCCAUAAAAAGAAGUAUAUCUCUACCACCACCAAGCAAGUAUCGGAUGAAUCUGAACAGCUUGAGAAGAGUUGUUUGACAGAUGAGCACGAGCAGCAUCAACAAGUUGGGUACUUGUCUGAUGGUAGCCAGAACAGUAACAAGAGAAGAAGGGAAGCUUCUCCUGCCGUUGAGAGCAAUAUCAAAGCUAAACCUGUAGCUGGUAAUCCUCUACGGAUACGGUUUGUUUUCAAGAAACCAAAAGAAGCUGAGGUUGUGCCUGUUCCUCAGGAGGAUCGUGCUUGCUCCACUUCCCAGGCUGAGAGACCCAGCGAAAUACCAAGUGCUGUCUCAUGUCAUGUUGAGAAGCUGCUCUCAACUUCUCUUGAGAGUGAAAAGUUUGUAGUCCCUUCUGAAUCAACGAAGCGGAAGAAACAUAAGACUAGCAAAGAGUCUCGGUACAAUUCAUUGUUUGAUGAAUUGGUUCCUCCUCCCUGCAUUUCGAUGGAGGAAGAUAACAGCAGUUGCGAUGAUUGGCUUUUUGGUACAAGGCGGCAAGAGAAUGCUUAUUCCAAAGCUUCUAUCAGUAAAGAUGAAGAAAGGACCAUGAGCUUGCAGAAUUCAGGAGAUUACUUGUUGCCUAGGGCUCGGUUUUUGUCUGAGGUUGGCAUUUUUUCAUUACCAUACACAGUCCCGUUCUAG